GAAACUUGGAGCCAUGUUUGAGCUGUGCAGUGGCUGCAGCUCAUUUAAAGGCAGACAGUCCAGCAGCAUCAGCAGGUGAGGCUGUCUGUCUGGCACAGGUAGGAAAUGCAAAUGAGAUCAGUUAGAUCUGCUCUUUACAUUCCCUCCGUAUUGCUCACUUUCAUUUUUCCAAACCGCCUGCAGCUGAAACAAAGACAUUUCCUCAUGACUUGAGCUGAGAGACCGGACCCCAAAUCAUGGCAAUGAGCUUCUUUGGAAAACGGAAGAACCUAGACAGUGGACCUCCAGCUCCACCCAGGAGGACAGAUGACAAUGCAGGUUGGCCACAGGAGGAAUUUGAUAACGACGACAACGACGGUGACAUGUAUGAAGUGCCUCCCUGUGAGCGCCACACUGUGAACGUCCCACAGAGAGAGGUGGAGGAGAAUGUCUAUCUGGCAGAGAGGCCGCCCAAACCUGCGCCUCCACAGAGGCAGGUUGUUCUCCCACCCAGACCGGCCAAACCCACGAAACCUCAACAAUGUGCUAAAGAUUUCUUCUCUCCCAAAACCAAGAAAGCACCUGAGAUAAACAGAACUGAGAAACCCGGGAGAAAGAUGAAGCCUCCCCCACCGGUCCGCCCCGCUCCCGUUCCAGACCCUGCAUCCAACACUGAGGAAGAUGUGUAUCUGGAUCCGAAUGAAGAACAGGAAGACAACGAUGACAUGUAUGUGGAACCUACAGCUGCUUGCUCUCCCACCUAUCGUGCGCCGAUGAGGAUGCCUCCGCCUCCGCCUCCGAACAUGAGGCUCGUACCAUCUCCCAUAAUCAUGAUGAAGCCUCCGGUUCCCAGAGCUCAGUCUAAUUCACUCUUGCCUUCCUUGAACGAGUUAAAAACAGCUCCUUCAGUCGAAGCGAGACGCACCUCGUUUCCCGCCAAACCCCCCCCACCGACACACCGUGUGAAGCCCUCUCUGCCAGCAAACCUGAAGGAAGCGAAGCACAGCCUUCUCAACCCUCCUGUGGCAGACACUAAGCCUGCUGCCUCCUCUGGUGGUAUGAAGGCGACCGAACAAGGCGGGAACGAGGACAAAGAGUGGUUUGCUGGGGACUGCAACAGGAAGACGGCCGAGGAUCUCUUACGGAGGGUCAAAAAGGACGGCGCGUUUCUCAUACGACACAGCUCGACUCAGGGCAGCCGCCAGCCGUAUACCCUUGCCGUGCUCUACCGGCAGAAGGUGUACAACAUUCCCAUCCGCUUCCUGGGGGACGCUCGAGGUUACGCUCUUGGAAAAGAGGGCAAGAAGAACGAAGAGAUUUUCGGCACCCUCGACGAGAUGAUUUCCCACCACAACAAUAACCAGCUGCUUCUGAUAGACAGCAAGAGCCAGGCCAAGCACACCACGUACUUAACGUAUCCUGCUCGCCCUCAACACUAAGAUGUGUUCAUAUGAGUUUUAUGAGGACAACAGCUCAGUCUGAAAGUUUUCUGCAGGUCUACUAAACUGUCACAAAAACUGCAAUUACAACUCUAACUGCUAUGACAUCAGCUAAACUGGUGUUUUCUUUAUAAAUUGACAAUGCAAACUUCUAAUGCACCGAUAACAGAGAUUACAUGUCACAGACUCCAGCCUUGGAGAUUACAUGACGUGACUACGGCAUAUAGUGUCUGUACUAUAUUCAUAAUGCUAUACAAAUUACAGUAACUGUCUGUUAAGAGGUUUUAUUUCUUAAAUCUCAGAGAUGUUCCUGUUUUCUCUUCAUUUUAUAGCAAUGACUGCAAAAGGUUGCAAAACUGUUCUCCAGUAAAAAAGGAAAAACAUGUCGCUGUAUGUUUCCGCCCCCUCGGGUACAGAAGUGAUGCUGUUGCUGUCAGAUCACUGAAAUUGAACUCGCUUCUAAACAUUCAAACAGUAUAAUUAUUUUCGUUUGCAGCUAAAAUGUUCCAGCGUCACUUUGUGCCUCCUGCUCAUUUCCAUUAUGGUCAUGUCUGAUGAAGCGUUGAGAUAAAUGUCUCCAUGAUUUUACGAGUAAAGAUUGGCUGUGUAUCUUUGCACAGGCUUAGUUUAGUUUGACUUUGAUUUUUAAUAUAGGCCUACUCUAUGUAACAGGUGUCUUUUCCGGUGUGAUAUUGUGCAAUACAAAGUCAAAAUGUAUCAUUUUUAUUUCAUUUAUUUUACCGCAGUUUCCUUAUAUUUACUGUUGAUGACCAGUAACAAUGAGUUAAUCUGGACCAUGGUCUUUAUUUGGGCUUUUUCUGUGGUGUGUUCGAUGACGUCCUUUUGAGUAAACUCCAACCUUCUGCUUGUGAUGGAUCCUCGUCAAUGAGGGUCAGUGUGGAGACUGCAGGAUUUAUUGGUUUUACUGAGACACCAUGAGCUGUGUGUGUGUGCGUGUGCGUGUGUGUGUACUGCCAUCAUAUGUCCACUGACCAGAUGCUGCUGGUAACACCUGCUCCCUGUCAGAGUGAAACCACAUUCUCUGUGACCGAACCAUAAAUCCUGGGCCUGUCAUAGCACACAA